CUCCCUCAUUCCUCAGCCACCACACCGAUCUAGGGUUUCCUGCUAGGGUUUUAGUCCUUCGUUUCCAGCGGCGGCGCAAGAUGGGUGAGAGAGUGAAGGGAACCGUGAAGUGGUUCAACGUCACCAAGGGGUUCGGCUUCAUCUCCCCGGAGGACGGCAGCGAGGACCUCUUCGUCCACCAGUCCGCCAUCAAGGCCGACGGCUACCGCAGCCUCAACGAGAACGACGUCGUCGAGUUUGAGGUCAUCACCGGCGACGACGGCCGAACCAAGGCCGCCGACGUCACCGCACCAGGAGGAGGUGCGCUCGCCGGCGGCUCCCGCCCUGGCGACGGCGGUGGUGACCGCGGGGGUCGCGGCGGGGGUGGCUACGGUGGAGGCGGCUACGGCGGCGGCGGCGGCGGCUACGGUGGUGGUGGCGGCGGCUACGGCAGCGGUGGCGGCAGCUACGGCGGCGGUGGCGGCUAUGGAGGUGGUGGCGGCGGCGGCCGCUACGGAGGAGGCGGCGGCGGCGGCCGUGAGUGCUACAAGUGCGGCGAGGAGGGCCACAUCUCCAGGGACUGUCCCCAGGGCGGCGGCGGCGGUGGCGGUGGCUACGGAGGUGGUGGCGGCCGUGGCGGUGGUGGCGGCGGUGGCGGCUGCUUCUCCUGCGGCGAGUCCGGCCACUUCUCGCGCGAGUGCCCCAACAAGACCAACUAGACGGCUUUGCCCGUCAUAUCUGAGUGCCCCGUUCCCCUUCGCUCCUUUUCCUACCGCCUGACUCUGCAGCAAGUCAUACCUAUACCUAUCAGUAUUAGUAUAUGUCGCCGUAGUGUUCCCCGUGCUUCUCGUAGGAAGAAGAACCGACGAUGCGAGCUUGGUUCCAGAAGUAUUGUUGGUGGCGUGUUGUUCGUUUGAAGUUAUCUUGUGUCGUCUGAUGGGGACAGACUGAUCUAUCUUUAUGUAUUGGAUUGAAUGGACUAAGUUAUGCAAGUCAAGUUAUGCUGUC